AUGGCCACUUCCAAAGCAUAUCUUUUACCUCUUCUUUGCCUAUUCAUCCUCAUCUCCUCCUCCGCCGCGGCCAAUCACCGGCAACGCCGGCCAUGCCGCCACCUCGUUUUUUAUUUCCACGACGUGCUCUUCAACGGCCACAAUUACGAAAAUGCCACGUCGGCCAUCGUGGGGUCCCCACAAUGGGGCAACAAGACGGCCAUGGCCGUGCCCUACAACUUCGGGGACAUGGUCGUGUUCGACGACCCCAUAACCCUAGACAACAACUUCCACUCGCCGCCGGUGGGCCGGGCGCAGGGGAUGUACUUCUACGACACCAAGAACACGUACACGGCGUUUCUCGGGUUCUCGUUCGUGUUCAACUCGAGCGAGCACGUCGGGACGCUGAACUUUGUCGGGGCCGACCCGCUGAUGAACAAGACGAGGGAAGUUUCGGUGAUUGGAGGGACGGGCGAUUUCUUCAUGGCACGCGGGGUCGCGACGGUGUCUACCGACGCUUACGAGGGCGAUGUGUACUUCAGGCUUUGCGUUGAUAUUAAGUUGUAUGAGUGUUGGUAA